GUGAGUCCAAAGGCAAGUCCACAGCCAAAUGCAUUUGUCAAUGGAUACCCUGGGGAUAGUGGACGAUAGUGGACAUGGAAUAGUUGACAACUAUGACAUGGCGAAAGGUGCUGGGUCCAGCAAUGGAGGCCGGGUCCACAGUAUUGAUGUCAUUUUGGGAUUCACUAAAGACCAGGAGCCCUUGCUGCAUUCAGUGGGAGAUGACGACAGCCCCAAAGCUAACGGCGCCAUCCAGCAGGACCCCGGGAAGCCGGCCCCUUCAGAACCGUAUGGAAAUCUUCCAGAACUGGGGGACAGCUCGCAGCAUCACGCCUACCACGACUCCAGUCUUUUCUCGAGUGAUAAGUGUGAAGAAAUGAACAGCCUCACUAAGGACGUGGACCUCUCUGACGGCUCUCCUAAGACCAUCAAAGAGGAAGAGCACGCUAAGAAAAAGCACAGAAGAAACCGCACCACCUUCACCACCUAUCAGCUCCACGAGUUGGAGCGAGCCUUCGAGAAGUCCCACUACCCGGACGUCUACAGCCGCGAGGAACUGGCAACGAAAGUCAACCUGCCUGAGGUUCGAGUUCAGGUGUGGUUCCAAAAUCGAAGAGCAAAGUGGCGACGUCAGGAAAAGAUGGACACCAGCACCAUGAAGCUCCACGACUCUCCAAUGCUAUCCUUUAACCGUCCCCCGAUGCCCCCUAGUGUGGGGCCAGUGGCCAACCCGAUGCCGCUGGAUCCCUGGCUGACGUCGCCCAUCUCCACUGCCACACCCAUGCACACCAUUCCGGGCUUCAUGAGCUCCCCGCAGACCCUGCAGCCCACCUACUCCAGCCACAGCUUCCUCAACAGUCCCCCGGGCAUGGUCCAAGGCAUGCAGCCCAUGGGGCCACCCGCUUACCAGUGCGCCCCUACCUUCAACGAUAAAUACCCGGUGGAGGACGAGAGGAAUUCCAGCAUUGCAGCCCUCAGAAUGAAGGCCAAAGAGCACAUUCAGUCCAUGGAUAAAACCUGGCAGCACAUGUGA